AGUAUACUUAGGUGGAUAUAUUUUAUGCACAAUUGAAUCUUUUCAGUCAUAAAAAUGUGCCUUGUUGCUUUUGAUUUUGAUUUUUCUUUCUUUUUUGUUUAAUUGUGUAGUUAAACAUAUUUGAAUUUGUUAACUUAUCUACUUAUUGUCUUCAUUUUCUUUGUAAUCUGACUGCAUAGUUAUUCAAUUUUGUUGCCAAAGCUUGCAUUUUUUUUUUCUUUUCCCUUUUCACUUUUGUUCUUGUUGAUUGUUCUGUGAUAACUAAUUUUGGGUUAUCUAUAAAUUGCUAGGGCAUUGCUUGUUCUAGUUCUGCCGAAUUCAAGGCAGUGCUAUAAGGGUUCGACAAGGUUGAUUUUUCAUAACUCAAAAUGGAUCAAUUUGGUCAGAUUGGAGAGGUUUUGGGAAGUAUUAAGACUCUUGUGGCAUUGUAUGAUAAUGAUAUUUCAAUCAAUCAAAGACAGCUCUAUUUGUUGCUCCACAUCUUCACUUUGGCCUAUGAAACUAUUUUAGCCGAGAUCAAACAAAAGCUGAGGCUAGAAGAGAAGAACACAAAGUGGGGAGCUCUUGAAAACCCACUAAGAGAGCUUCACAAGAUCUUCAAAGAAGGUGAACUCUACGUCAGAAAUUGCUUGGAUAUCAAAGAUUGGUGGGGCAAAGCAUUGAGUCUCCAUCAGAACAAUGACUGUGUCGAGUUUCAUAUUCACAACUUGCUCUGGUGCUUCACAAUUGUAAUUGAGGCCAUUGAAACAGCUGGAGAGAUCUCGGGAAUGGACCAGGACGAUAUGCAAAAGAGGAGACUCGUGCUCAUGAAAAAAUAUGACUUGGAGUGGAAUGACCCGAAGAUUUUCCAGUGGAAAUAUGGGAAACAAUACUUGGUUCCUCGAGAAAUUUGUAGUCAAUUGAGGAGCGUUUGGAGAGAAGAUAAAUGGCUUCUUCUUGAAACUAUAAGGGAGAAGAGAAAUUCGGCAUCUACCACACUCACAAAGCAUGAGGAGAGCCUUUCAGACCUACUUGUCAAGAAACUGAAUGAAUUGGAGCAACCAAUGGGAAACCUUUUACCGGCUUGGAUCUUGUUAGGUGCUAACGAUUUUGAUGUUAAGCGACGUUUAGGAUCGGUGGGAAGUCGUUGCAAGGAGAUUCAUUGGUUAGGGGAAAGUUUUGCUAUGAGAAAUUUCUUUGGGGUGGUUAAUGAACAACAACUAGAAAGUGAGAUUUCUUUGGUCCUAUCAUUUUCCCACCCAAACAUAAUGCAAUACCUUUGUGGGUUUUAUGAUGAGGAAAGGAAAGAAGGUUUUCUUGUUAUGGAGUUGUUGAACAAGUCUCUUGGCAGUUAUAUAAAAGAGAAUUGUGGAGAGAGAAAGAGUAUUCCAUUCUCUCUUCCAGUUGCAGUUGAUGUCAUGCUACAGAUUGCAAGCGGUAUGGAAUAUCUACACUCGAAAAAGAUUUAUCAUGGUGACUUGAAUCCAUCUAAUGUCCUCCUUAAAGCAAGAAACGCAAACUCCUCCCAAGAAGGUUACUUCUAUGCAAAAAUCACCGGUAUUGGCUUAACCUCCAUUAAGUGUAGCAACACUUCUCCAACUUAUACAGACCAAAAUGGAUUCAGCCCAGUAAUAUGGUAUGCCCCGGAAGUUUUGGAAGAGCAAGAACAAAAUGGUGGUGGUAAAUGUGGUUCAAAACACACAGAGAAAGCCGAUGUGUAUAGCUUUGGGAUGCUUUGUUUUGAGAUUUUGACCGGGAAAGUUCCAUUUGAAAAAGGCCAUCUUCAAGAAGACAAGAUGGGGCGAAACAUAAGAGCUGGUGAGAGGCCUCUCUUCCCAUUCACUUCACCAAAGUACUUAGUGAACUUGACAAGAAAAUGCUGGCAAGCCAAACCAAUUCACCGCCCAAGUUUCUCUGCAAUUUGUAGGAUUUUACGAUACAUCAAGAAGUGCCUUGUCAUAAACCCUGAUCACGGUCAGCCAGAAUCGCCACCCCCACUUGUGGAUUACUGUGAAAUAGAAGCCGGGUAUACGAAGAUUUUUGCUAGAGAGGCGAGUCUAGAUUUGGCACGAGCCUCACAAAUUCCUUUUCAAAUGUUUGCUUAUAGAGUUGUGGAGAGAGAGAAAACUUCUGGCAGCUCUAAAUAUAGGGUUUGGGAUUUGGGUAUUGAAGGUGGUUCGGUUUUCGGGGAUGAUCAAAGCUCAGUUUGUUCUGAGGAUCAAGAAAGGAAGAAUUUGUCAAGAAUAGGAGGCGAUCAAAGGUCGGUUUGUUCUGAGACUCCCUUGAGGAGAGUUUUAUCAUCGACAGCAAUUGGUCAGAUGUCAUUUCGUCCUGAGUUUCUGAGGAAGGUUGGUUCUGAGACCCCUGAGAGGAAAUUUUUCCCAGCAGCAACAGCUGAUCAAAGGUCGGUUGGUUCUCAGACUCCAGAGAGGAAAACUUUGUUGAACCCAGACAAUCAAAAAGAGAGGAAAACUUUCAAUGAUGAUCAAGGAUUGGACGAAUCUGAGACUCCAGAGACGAAGCUAUUGUCUUCAACGGGAGUUGAUCAGGUCUUUGAUUGUCAUUUGGAGACGGCAGAGAACAAAAUUUCAUCAACAAUAGCAGUGAAUCAAAAUUAUGAGAUUCCAGGGAAAAUAACUUUGUCAAGAACAGAGAGUGCAAGGGAAUCAGUUGGUUUGAAGAUUCCAGAAAAGAUAACUUCGUCAAGAACAGUGACUGUAAGGGAAUCAGUUGGUUCUGAGAUUCCAAAGAGGAUGAAUUUGUCAAGAACAAGAAGCCUACGCGAAUCAGUUUAUUCCAAGAUUCUAGAGAAGAUGACUUUGUCAAGAACAUCAAGCGUACGUGAAUCAGCUUGUCCCACGAUUCCAGAGAGGAAAGUUUUGCGGCCAAUAUCAUCCAGAUGGGACAUAUCAUCCAUUUUUUCUAAGCAUCCAAAGAAAAAAAUGUCAUCGAAAACAGAAAGUGGUCAAAGCUCAGUUCGAUCUAAGCAAGCACUAAUUGCAAAGACAUGCAAGGGUCUAAGUUAGUCUCAUCUCCUGUAACUUUUUUCUCUUCUUUUUUUUUUUUUCAUGUGAUUCUUGUUUUCUGUUUCUAUGAUAAAAUUAGUGUUUUAAGAAUGUGAAUUUGAUUAAACAGGGACACCGAGAGCAGAAUCACCAGGAUCAUCACCACUACGGACGUUCAAAGCGUCACCGGGAUCGUCACCACUACGGACGUUCAAAGUAGAGUCCCUUGUAUCAUCACCAAUAAGGACACCAAAAGGGCAUUCGACUAAUUCUUCAAAAAAACUAUCAGCACUGAAUCCAUUUGUUCGCCGUUCAAGGAUGAAAUGAGACCCAGAUUAGAUUAGUUUUUCUCAGACAUAACUUGUAUUCAUGAUGUUCAUUCAAAAAUGAAUGAAAUUUUUUGUUUUCUUUUGCCCUCCAUCAAGAGUCAAUGUAAUUUACAUUAGGGGUAUUUGAAAUUGCAUGUAUGUCUGAAUCUCUGUUGAAGAACUUAUAAUAAACCUUUGUGGAAGUUAUUAAUCAAUGUAUAAUUAUGACUGUAUAAGAGGGUUCAAGAACGUGGUUGGAAAAUUCGAAGAUCUUUGAAGAAAAAUUCAAAUUCUCUAGAAAAUGACGAGAGGCUUAGAUUCUCUAAUAGUCACAACCAAAAACACAAAAGCAAAGAAAUGAUGGAGAUAAAAGAUUGGGUGAAGAAGAAGGCAAAGUAGUUAGAAAGAAUAAUGGCAAGGCUCUCCCAUGGAUCUCCCACUUUCAC